UCCGCGUUAUCGCACGAGCGUUUUUUUCCCCUCCUGCACGGCGUCUGCCGAAAACAAGGGCAUUGGCAUCCUAAUACCCCGGCACUUCACCUACUUCCCAAUUUCACAGUUAUUUGAGACCCCGAAGCACAUUGAAGAUUGGAGAAGCAGUAAGGGGUUACUAUUACCUGUGGUCUGCAUCCGUGUCGGAGGAGGACAGCGAGGCGCCAAAGAUGGACAGAAUGCAUUUUCUCUCCUUUCUCCUCCUAUGCUUGACUUCAGUUGCCCAUGGCAACAAAGCCAAUAAGCACAAGCCAUGGAUCGAGACAGAGUACCAGGGCAUCGUCAUGGAGAACGACAACACAGUCCUGCUGAACCCUCCAUUGUUCGCACUGGACAAGGAUGCCCCUCUUCACUACGCCGGGGAGAUAUGUGGAUUCAAGAUCCACAACGGUCCCGGUGGGUCGGGCUCGGCCCAGUUCGAGGCGGUGGUCCUGGACCGCUCUACAGGAGAAGGUCUGGUUCGGUCCAAGGAGCCGCUGGACUGCGAGAGCCAGCGGGAGCACAGCUUCACCAUCCAGGCCUACGACUGCGGAGAGGGUGAAGACGGAACCAACACCAAGAAGUCUCACAAGGCCACGGUUCAUGUCCGUGUCAACGAUGUAAACGAGUUCUCCCCGGUGUUUGUGGAGCGCCACUACGAGGCCUCUGUGCCUGAGGGCCGCCUGUUCGACCGCAUUGUGAAGGUGGAGGCGCUGGAUGCCGACUGCUCGCCGCAGUAUAGCCAGAUCUGCUUCUAUGAGAUCGCCACGCGCGAUGUACCAUUCGCCAUCGACAGCGACGGCAACAUUAAGAAUACUGAACCCCUGGAUUCCAAGCGCCAGCGCGUCCAUACGUUCUGGGUGACGGCUUACGACUGUGGGAAGCGCCGGGCCCAGGCGGACGCCCAGGUUACCGUAACGGUCAAACCGUCCUGCAAGCCUGGCUGGAUCGGAUGGUCCAAGAGGGUGGAAUACACCCCCGGCUCUGGAAGCAUCCCCCUCUUCCCCAGCCUGCAUCUGGAGACGUGCGAGGAGACGGUGUGGAACAUCCAGGCCACCGUAGAGCUGCAGACUGGACACAUUGGCAAGGGCUGCGACAGGGACAGUUACUCCGAUCGCUCUGUGCGCCGGCUCUGCGGUGCUGUGAGGGGAGAGGUGGACCUUCUCCCGCCUCCCUCUCCGGCAGCCAACUGGACGGCCGCCCUGCCCACGCUGCCUUCCUCCGAUUCGUCGCUGGUCUUCUCCUUCAACGGCUCCUCCCACGUGGCGGUGGUGCCCGACGCGGUGGUGUCGGGGGUGUCGGGUAACCAUUUCACCCUGCAGCUCUGGAUGCGCAGGGGGGGCGCCAACACGCAGCCGCCCGCCAGCACGGCCAGGAACUACCGCAAGGAGGACGAGACCAUCAUCUGCAGCACUGUCAGGAACGAUGAGUCAUACUCCCACUACUCGCUGUCUGUGCAUGGCUGCCGCCUCUCGCUCCUCUACUGGGCCGACAUCACCGCUGACCGGCCUGUCAAGUUCCUCUGGAAACUGGAGCAGGUCUGUGAUAGCGAGUGGCACCAUCUGUCCCUGAGCAUCCAGUUCCCCUCGGUGACCCUCUAUGUGGACGGUGUGACCUUCGACCCCGCCCGUAUGCAUGACAACGGGGCCAUCCCCAGCCCCACCCCUCACCAGCGAAUGGUCAUCGGUGCCUGCUGGGAGCCUGAGGAGAAGCAGAAGGAGAUUCUGAACAACACCAUCCCUGAGGGAAAAGAUGCAGUGCGAUUCGUUGGCGGCUACCGGGGCCUGUUGUCGGGGGUGACGGUGCGCCCAGGCAGCGUGGAGCCGCACAGUGUGGUGGAGUGUCUGUACGCCUGCCGAGAGGGCCUGGACUUUGGGGAUCUGGAGACGCUGGGCUCCGGCAUGAAGGUGCAUGUGAACCCCAGCCAGUCUGUGCUGGUGCUGGAGGGCGAUGACAUCGAGAGCUUCAACCGUGCGGUGCAGCAGGUGACCUACAGGAACUCGCUCCGCUUCGCUACCCCCGGCGUCCGGCCCCUCAAACUCUCCACCUCCCUGAGGUGCUUCAAUGAGGAGAGCUGCCUCUCUCUGCGCGCCCUGGAGGGCUACCUGGUGGUACUGCAGCCCGAUGCCCCCCAGAUCUCCCUGUCCGGAGUGGGCCCCCACCUGGCCCGGCCGGCCCCCGAGUUCGAGGCGCCCCACGGAGUCCCCCUCUUCCCCGAGCUGCGCAUCGUCUGCUCCCUCUCCCACGCCGUCAACACGGCUGCCCAGGGCAUGGAGGGCGGAGCCCUCAUGUCAGAUGCAGUGGCCCACACACUGGACGGAUGUGAAGUCCAACCAUUGGGGGAGGAGCUUAACCCAGAGAAGGAGGAGCUUCUGGUCGACAUGGAGGCCAUCAAGGAGAGAGGGCUGGACAUCAUCAACACCACGGCCUACAUCGCCAUCACAGGUGCUGAGUCCAUCUCGGUGUACGAGGAUGUUCUGCGCUCCAUCCAUUACCGGCUGGCCAAGGGCUCGGCUCGCUUCGAGCGCCGAUUCCGCCUGUCCUGCUCUGAGAUGAAUGGACGCUACACCAGCAACGAGCUCACGCUGGAGGUGAACUUCCUGCACGCUCUGGACAGCCUGUACCACCCUUCACACCUGCUGGCCUCCCAGCAGCAGUUCCUGCACCCCUCCCACCACACCGGGGAGCUGAGUGGCCACACGCUGCCCAACCCGCACCGUAACUCAGUGGUCCCUGGUGCUGCCACAGUCAUCAUCAUGGUGUGCGUAGGAUUCCUGGUUGUCAUGGUUAUUCUUGGAGUGUUCCGGAUCCGCUCCAUCCAUCGCCGUGGCGAGGGGGCGAGGGGCGGGGAUAAGGAGGGCAGCAACCAAUGGGACGACUCUGCUCUCACCAUCAUCGUCAACCCCAUGGAGUCCUACGAGUCUCAGCUAGGCAUGUCUGCCGACACGGAGGGGGAGGGCGACGAGGAGGAAGAGGUGGCGGAUACGCCCGACGACGGCAGCGACGACCAGCGAAUCAUCAUCAAGAAAGACGGCAGAGACGCCACCCGGCGCUACUGAGCCUCACCAGCUAGCGACACUUUGGAAGAAAAAAAAUCAAGAACACCACGACAACAAGCCCACACACCUGCGGACACCAAGGACACCAUAACACCCACACACACAAACUACGGCACGGGCACGCACACUUCCACCUCCGCGAGCCUCCACACUCUUCUCUUCUCUCUUUCUCUCUCUGGAAUGUAUGCUUACAAAACACCAUGCACAAAAUCACCAGGUAAUGCUUACAUUUGCAGACACUACUUAUCAGAGAUGCCAAAAUCACACUUCUUCGGAAAAAAAAACCCAUGAUGAAUCUAUGGCACAAAGGUAUUUUUGGACAUGAAUUAUGUAAGAAAAGUAAUUAGCAUAUUUGUGGUCAGUCAGUACUCAUCCAGUCAUUCCCCCACAUGACACAGGCAUUGUUAGGAAAUUAUAAACACACAACACAAAAUAAUAAAAUCUUAACUGUACAGUUACAAAUAUAUUGACCUGAUGUUGUCAUUUUAGUCUCAAGAUUAUCUAAUUGUACACUUCCAACGAAAGGCUUACUUGUCAUUUUGCUGCACAAUCCUCCCCUUCUCUCUCUACACAUUCCUUUCCUACCAAAUAUGUGCCCAAGUAUAGACGGUGUAUCAGAAAUGGAUCAGGAAAUGUUAUGUAGGAAGUUAGUAACAGAGUGACCCGGCAGGACCGAUAUUCCAAUUAUGAGGUUUGGUGACUAACCCAGAUUAGUUAGCCUAAAUCAUUAAUGGCUGGUGAGUGGUAAACCUGGUUGAAGAAGUGCCCUACUGCUUUGUUUUAUUAGAGGAAGGAAGCAGUUGGUCACCUCUUUUAGACGUUUUACCACCAACUCUGAUUUAACAUACUCAGGAAAGGAACAAAACCUUCUUUCUGGAAUGAUCCCAACCCAGACCUUCUCCAAGUCUGCUCCAUAGUUUUAGCACUACCGUAACUGACAACACAGUGCAACACACCACAUCGCACAACACGGCAUGACAUGUGCAACACGGCAUGACAUGUGCAACACAAGGUAACAACACCACACAAACUCUCUGCUGUAUCCAGAAUGUCAGCUCAGCCUGGGCAGUUUUGAUUGUAUUGAAUUUAUGUACAUAUGAAAUGAUUAUUAUUAUUAUUAUUAUUAUUAUUAUUAUUAUUAUUAUUAUUAUUAUUAUGUUUUUGUUACAGUGGGAACUGUGUUACUUUGAAUACCAGUUUACAUAUUUCUUUUAUAUAUUUUGGUUAUAUCUGUCACAUAUUCCAAUAUUCUUGUGGUCAUUUAAAACCAUAAUAAUAAUAAUAAUGAUAAUAGUAGCGGUAAUAAGAAUGAUAAUGACUGGCUUGAUGAGUGUCUAUUCAUUUGUGUGUCGAAAUGUGUAAUUAAAAAAAAAAAAUCUUGUUAAUAAUAUGAAUCAUACUGAAAAAGGUACAUUGCUCUUAUGACCACUUUUUAUCAUAUCAUUUCCUUACCCCUCUCUCUCUCUCUCUCUCUCUCUCUCUCUCUCUCUCUCUCUCUCUCUCUCUCUCUCUCUCUCUCCUCAGCUGAACAUGUUUUCACCCCUUCCUUCUGUCUUGUCUUCAUUCAUGUCCUCCUCAUCCUGGCGGUCUGUUUACUUUUCUGAAUGUACAGACAUGUGUCUCCUCUCACUCUCACCCCCCUCCCCUCUUCCUCACUCUCACCCCUCCUCUUCCUCAUUAUUAUCUCACUCCUCCAUCUCAUCGUCCCCCUAUUCCUCACCCCCUCCCCCUCCUCCUCCUCUUCCUCCUCACUCGACCCUGUGUCUUUAGCACUGUCUGUGUCAGUGUACAGUGAUAAUCUGUCAAGUUUUAAAAAUAAAAGCCUGUUUGCUUUUUCCAGUGUAAUAUUAAAGAAUGGAUAAAAAAAUGCAUUAAUAACGUAUAUUAUUAUGGUUACUCUUGGGACAUUUAACUGUACUUAUUGAUACAAUGAUUAUAUUGAUUGUCAUUGAUAACGUCUGAAAAAAAUUCAUAAUAAAAAC